CCUCACACAACCACAACCAGCCAUGGCAGACCCUUAUUCCAAUUUCUUCAAGAGACACUUUUCUUAUUAUCCUUUCUCAACAUCAAAUCCUCCGCUUCCUCCUCCUCAUCCUCCUCCUCCGCAACCAACACCAGCGUCUCUUCCGCCCUACAACUUCUACACCAAUUACAACUACAACUACAGCUACUACUUCCAAAACACAAACAACAAUCUCCUCCAAUCGCCCCCUCCUUCCCCUCCCCUAAGAGAAGCCCUUCCCCUCCUCAAACUAAGCCCUCAAAAGCAUCAACUUGAAGAUGGAGAUGAAACCUCCUUCACCAUAUUCGACGGCGAAGCCGAAGCAGACUCAAAAAAGAAGAAGAAAAUAACCCUUGACGAUGAUGAAGAAGAUGACGAAACCGAGGGGGCGGUUACCGUCGCCCUCCACAUCGGUCUCCCAAGCCCCACCGCUGCCGAUCUCAUCUCUAGAAUUUCCUCCGCUACGGUCGACGAAGAUCACAACCUUGAUCAAGACGAUGAGGAUGGAAGCAGCAACAUCAACAUCCCUCUUGGCUGCCCCACUAUUGGCAAGCUUACGAAAGGCCAGUACUGGAUCCCAACCCCUUCUCAGAUCCUCAUUGGUCCCACACAGUUCUCAUGCCCAGUCUGCUGCAAAACCUUCAACAGAUACAAUAACAUGCAGAUGCACAUGUGGGGACACGGCUCACAAUACAGAAAAGGACCUGAGUCCCUAAGAGGCACACAACCAACGGCUAUGCUACGGCUACCUUGCUACUGCUGCGCGGCUGGCUGCCGCAACAACAUUGACCACCCGAGAGCCAAACCCCUCAAAGACUUCCGCACGCUUCAGACCCAUUACAAGCGCAAGCACGGCAUUAAGCCUUUCAUGUGCAGAAAAUGCGGAAAAGCCUUCGCCGUUCGAGGCGAUUGGAGGACCCAUGAGAAAAACUGUGGGAAGCUCUGGUAUUGCACUUGUGGGUCAGAUUUCAAGCACAAGAGGUCUCUGAAGGAUCAUAUAAAGGCCUUUGGGCAUGGCCAUGCAGCUUAUGGUAUUGAUUGUUUUGAGGAGGAGGAUGACCCGGCGUCUGAGAUUGAGCAGGAUGUGAGAGGUAGAAGAUAGAUGAGAUCGAGUUCAUCACUUCAUUUGUAUUUGCUUGAGGGAUAUAUGAACAUUUAGUUCUAUUGGGGAGUUAAUUAGGAGGAGUUUAUAUGGUUUUGAGGUUGUUGAUGUACGUGGUUAUGGAUGCAUGUUGACUUAUUUCUAUUUGAAAGUGGAUAUCGAUACAAGAACUGAAAAUUUAUUUAGUUUGCUAGAUUUGUAAAGGAAAAGAAUUUGUUUGGUUCAUUC